AUGGACACGGAACGGAAGCAACUAGAGGUUGAUUACCACCAGCAACAGAAGAAGGCGGAAGCAGCUGCCAAGAUCGCCCAGGACCAGCGAGAGGAGAGCGAGGCCUCGUUCCGUCAAAUGAUCCAGAGGUUGCGCUCUGAAUUGGAGGAAGCGACGAAGGCUGUGAGCGCGGCGGUGUUGCAAGGUGCAGACGAGGGCGCUGGCCAGGAAGUGGUAGUAUUUCAGCAAGGCGAGGUCGCUGCGAGGCUUAUAACCAGGUUGAGCAUCACCACUGCGGGUUUGUUUCGAGAAUUCUUCGAGGUCGCUACUAUUGCUGGCACUCUUAACGUCAACGAGACGGAUUCUUGCUCUGCAGGGACCCUGGGGCGCCAGGGACGUCGCUGGGGCUUGAUCUGCCAAAGAGGAUUUGGAAGACGGAGGAAAAGACGACCAGCCAUUGCCUCCUGCGCUUGGUGCGCCCUACUCAAGACGUGGCCGAAAGAAGGGGGAGGACAGGACAAAGGGGAAGCGGAGGAAGACCUCAGACUGGGACGAGCAAUUGGAGAAGGUGCAGAGCCCCACGCUACUUGA